AUGUCUCUUCAAGCUUACAAACCCGGAAUAAUUGACUGCACCACGGAAGUUGAUCUUUCCAGCAUUCGUGGCAAGAGUGUAGUUAUAACUGGAGGUGCGAAAGGUAUGGGCGAGGAUGGAGUCCGGGCAUUUGUCUCUGCUGGCGCUUAUGUGACGUUCGGCGAUACUGAUGCCGAAAAUGGAGAGAAACUCGAAAAGGAGCUCGGCUCCAAUGCAAAGUUCAUCACAUGCGAUGUAACCUCCUGGGAGGACCAGCUAGCCAUGUUCCGUAGUGCUAUAGCCAACUCGCCCAGGAAGUGUGUCGAUAUCGUGGUCGCCAAUGCGGGUAUCAGCGGUCCCGACCCAGCUUUCACCGUUGAAGAUUCCGAAGAGCCAACCAAGCCUGAGCUCAAGAUCCUUGCCAUCGAUCUGAUCGGUGUCAUCUACACACUGAAGCUGGCACGCCACUAUUUCUCCAAGAACCCUCUCAAUGACGAGAGCCACGACAGAUGCUUCAUUGUAAACGCCAGUCUGGUUGGCUUCUUGGAUGUGCCAGGCAUUCUGCAGUAUAUGGCGUCGAAGUGGGGAUGCCGAGCGCUCAUGAGAUGCGUGCGUCGAACCACAGUCGUUGACGGAGUCAGGAUGAACUUGACAGGACCAUGGUACGUUGGAACUACCAUACUGAGCCCAACGGUUCAAGAGUACUGCAAGAGUAAGAACAUUGUCUUUGCUGAAUCAAGGGAUGCUGCCGCGGCAUGGCUCAAGAUUGCCUCGGAUUCAUCGAUCAAUGGACGGUCUUUUGCCAUUGUCCCGCGUGAUAUGGCACCCAAAGGUUACUUUGACAUUGGAAAGGAUGAUUAUAGCGAAGGCGAGACCUUGGAUGAGCUCCAAGAUGUCUUGCUGCGCACGUCUCACAGGCUGCAAGUUAAGGCAGAGGACCAGUGA